AAAAGCAUAUUUUACCUUUGUAAAGAACAAUGUACUAAAGAUGUGGUGGCUGUGGAUAUAUGGAUGUUUCCAAAGCCAUUAACAUAAACAAUAAAAAAGUAUUUUCUUUGAAACGUCCAUAGACAAAACACUGUGAUAAGAAACUACGAAACAACCUCAAAAAUCCAAGAUGUGGCUGUAUGGCUUAGUUCCUUCGCCUGUCCCAUGGACGAAUUAUAAUACUACUACUACAACCUCAAAAAAUAGUUUCAUUUCUUUUUUAUAUUAUUACUGGAUUCUCACGUAACCCAUAAGGGUAACGCCAUUAAUUAUAAAGAAGAACAUAUAUUGAUUGGUUUUAAUUUCACUGCUACUGCUGAUUUUAAUUUAACUAUUAAGGUUAAAUUAAAUUAAAAUCUAAAACCGAAGAACACUUUAUGAAUCAUGUAUGGACAAUUUUGCAAUGACAUUGUAAACAUGAACCGAGUUCAUUCACCACGGCAGUACGUUAAUCCUCAAAAUGUUCGGUUUCGACCUCCAUUUAACAAUCAGAGACAGUAUGUAUAUAAAAGAUCGCCUCAAUCAAACUGUAACACUCAAUACUGGUGUGAAACAUGUGACCGAAACUUUCCAAGUAUUGACUUACUUGAAAAACAUAUACAGCAGCAUCAGAAAUGUAAUAUUGAUGGUUGUCAAUUUGUUGCUCAUCCCAAAGUGGUGACAAAACAUAUUCAAAUGCAACAUGCUUCUGGUCUGUAUAAAAAGAUUGCAAACCUAAACAAUCCUGAAGAUAUACAAAAAUGGAGAGAAGAAAGAAAGAAAAAAUAUCCCACAAAACAGAAUGUUGAAAAAAAAACAGCAGCACAUAAAGAAAAACUUGACAGAGGAGAAAAAAUGGGACUGAAAGCCAGUGGUCACUACAAAAAUUUCAAAAUAGGUCCAAAGAGGAAAACAAUUUCAAAUGAUAACAAUCAACCAAAAAGACAACGAACAAAUGUUGGAAAAAAAUCUACAGUAAAUAAUUUUAUCAAAAAACUAUUUCAUAAGAAAACAGUAGAUGUUGUGCCGGAGGUCAACAGUUUACAGACUCUUAAGCCUUUCUCUGGAAUUCAAGGAAUUAUCAUGGAGUGUAUAGCUGAAGAAGAAAAAGAGGAAAUAAAUGUUGAUAUAGAUAUUGAAGAUGAGGAUGAUAUAAUUGUAAAUAAUUCCAAAGUAGAUGGAGCAAAACUUGAGCCAAAUGUAUGUAGUGCUUUGUCUGCCCUUAUGUGUGAUUAUGAAUCAUCUGAUGAAGAAUUAGAAAAGACAAACUUAGAGACAUGUAAAAUCAUUGAAAUCUCACCAAAAUCACAAGCACAUAACAAAAAUGUAUUACAAAAUAAAUGUUUGCAUAAAGAUCAUGAUAGUGGUAGUCCUGAAGAUAUAAAAGUGAUAAAAAAUUUUAGGUCUUCUGAAAAAUGCAUAGAUAAUGAAGAAAAAACUGAAGAAGUUAAAGAGGUCAAACCAAAUGAUACCACUCCAAACAUGCUGGAAAAUGAAUCAUUUGGAAACACAGAAAACAAUGAUGAUAAUGAUGACGAUGGCCCAGAAGAAAUAAAAGUUGUAAAACAAAUUGACACUAAAAUAGUUGAACAAGAAAUUACUGUGCAAGUCACCAAUAGCAAAACAAAAAAUGUGAAAACACAUAACAAUAAUAUGAAAAUUAAAAGAUAUCAAUAUAGGAAACCAAAACUUCCAUCCACACUUCUUCAAAAAUUAUUAAAUAGAGAGAUACAACAAGAACGAAAUAUUGUUCUGCAGUGUAUAAGACAUAUUAUGAAAAAUGAUUUCUUUGACAAAAAAAUUUCGUAAAUAUAAUGCAAAAAUUCCCAUAUGAAUUAAUGUGUUUAAAUGAUACUAUAACAGUUUUCCCCAUUUCUAUCUUGCCAGAGGUAUCAAUUGAU